AUGACCGACACAGAGUACCGUCCCUUCCCGAAGAUCGGCAGCCGCAGCGCAGCCUGGAUCGCUGCCCAACUGCACCUGUUGUUCGGUUCCUUCAUUUUAGGGGUCCCGAUGUUUGCAGUUGUCAUUGAGUUUGUCGGGAUGAAAACCAAGGACAAACGGUAUGAUAAGAUGGCACAAGAGUUCAUCAAGCUUUGUAUGGGCGCGUUCUCAACGACUGCCUUGUUGGGUGGGGUACUCGUUUUUAUCCUCAUCUGGUGCUACCCGCAGGUGAUGAACAAAAUGACAGGAAUCUUCGGACCGACGAUGAUUUUCUACGUCUUCCUGUUCUUCGGAGAAACCUUUACACUCUAUCUCUACUCUUACGGGUGGGAUCGGAUGCAGGGCAAAGUGUCCAAAAUGUGGCACCUAUUUCUCGGCUGUGCUCCUGAACGUGUUCGGUACAGCGAUUAUGUUCGUCUCUAA